AUGAGUCAAAAUAAGGAUAUCGAAGCUUCCAUUCCUCUCAAUUCUAUGCCUAGAGCAUCAGAUGUAGAGAGGGAUCUUUCUCAUGGUGAGAAUAUCGAAGUCAAAAUCGCUGAACCCCGUACACCUUCAAACCAACCUAAGAAAAUUGUCAUUCCCGCUAUUGUCAUCAUUCCCGUUUGGAUGGCUUGUUCAAUCUCUGUCAUCCUCUACAACAAAUACAUCUUUGACCGAUUUGACGGUCUCAAUUUCCCUUAUCCCGUUUUCUUGACCACUUGGCAUUUGAUCUUCUCUGCCGUUUCCACUAGAAUCUUACAAAGAACUACAACCCUCGUUGACGGUGCAAAGGAUAUCGACAUGACUCGAGACAGAUGGGUUAGAUCUAUCCUCCCGAUCGGUGCUCUCUUCUCUGGAAGUUUGAUUCUUUCAAACUACGCUUAUCUCUCCUUGAGCGUUUCUUUCAUUCAAAUGUUGAAGGCUUUCGUCCCCGUAGCUAUUUUGCUCAUUUCUUUCGCAUUCAGAAUUCAAGAGCCCAACAGGAGAUUGAUGGCUAUUGUCUUGAUGAUCUCAACCGGAUGUGCUCUUGCUGCGUACGGAGAAGUACAUUUCGAGAUGUUCGGUUUCAUCUGUCAAUGUGCUGCUAUCGUCUUCGAGGCUUCUCGAUUGGUCAUGAUUCAAAUUUUACUUCACGGAAUGAAAAUGGAUCCUAUCGUAUCUUUACAUUACUACGCUCCUGUGUGCGCCGUCAUCAACGCGAUCCUCAUUCCUUUCUUCGAGGGAUUAGAACCUUUCUAUGCUUUACACAGAGUCGGUCUUUUGGUUUUGUUCACCAAUGCCGGUGUCGCUUUUGCUCUUAACGUCGCCGCCGUCUUCCUCAUCUCAGUAGGAUCAGGACUUAUCCUCACUCUCGCUGGUGUCCUUAAGGAUAUUCUCCUCAUUACCGGUUCAGUCAUUGCUUUCGGCUCUCCUAUCGCCGCUAUCCAAGUCUUCGGUUACACUAUCUCUCUCGGUGGUUUGGUAAUCUUCAAGACUACCGGUGGAAAAUAA